AAACCCUAACCCUAAUUCACUUCUUCAUUCAUUCCCAUCAAUCUCCAUGGCUGAGCUUCACUACCAACACCAAAAUCAACGACCCUUCUUCUCUUACCAAAAUGACCCACACCAACAAAGCCGCUCCACCCAGGUCGUCAAGGCGGCCACCGCCGUCACCGCCGGUGGCUCCCUCUUGAUAGUGGCCGCGCUCAUCCUUGCCGGCACCGUUGUUGCUCUCACCGUCGUCACGCCGCUGUUUGUUAUAUUCAGUCCGGUUCUUGUCCCUGCGGUUAUGGCGGUGGCGCUGUUGAGCCUAGGGUUCUUGGCCUCUGGCGGAUUCGGUGUGGCCGCGAUCACGGUGCUAGCGUGGAUCUACAGGUACAUCACUGGCAAGCAUCCAUUGGACACGGCGCGUCACAAGCUCGUCAAGAAGGCGCGUGAGAUCAAAGACUACGGACAGCAGCAAAUCACUGGAGAACAGGCUUCUUAAUCCUGCACCCGCAUGCACGCCAUCAUAUCCGUUCUCUCUCUUUCUUUGUCUAGUUAUAUUUUUAUUUGUGUUUUCGUUUAUUGUUUUGUGGUGUGAAACUCGUCAUCACUUGUUGUAAUGUCUUUUCAGUGCAAUGUGCUAGCCACUAUUCAAGAAUUAGAAUCUUUUUUUUCUGUAUUUUCAAUGUCCAUUUUAUGAUUUAGCUUCCUUGUUUUAUAA